GCUCAAUGCAUUUCUACCAAGAAGUACCCCGACGGCAUGUUCAAUAAAGCAUUCCUCAUGACUAUGGAAGAUGGACGAGAAGUCGUAGCUAAGGUGCCUAACCCAGAUGCUGGCAUUCCACACUUUACUGCGGCCAGUGAAGCAGUGAAGUCACCACGACGGAUUUUGUACGUUCAUUCUGAGGGUGUUCCACUGUCUCAAGUCUGGGGCAUGAUGAGACUACCCAGUAGCUCCAAGUGCUUCUUGCCAUGACACGUCUGCAGAAGCACUGGCUAAGUGUUUCACUCUCUCAUUAUGGCAACUCGUACUACGCGGGAGACGUGCAGUUACCAGCAGGCAACCACUACGUUAAGGACGGCAAGGCCGUUAAAGAUUCAGAGUUUGUUAUUGGCCCAGCUACGGGCCGGAAUUGGUUUGAUGGGAGCCGAUCAAUUUUGGACACCGACAGAGGGCCAUGGGUUUCCCUGGCGCAGUAUCUGCAAGCAGUUGGGACGUGAGAGAUGAAGGCAAUCCAGUCUUUG